CGCUCCGGUAGCGGAAGUGCCUCUUCUUGAGAGUGGAGGAUUCGCUUCCGGGCGCUGCUGGCCGAGGGAACUGAGGGGGGAGCAGCGUCGGCGGCGUCGGCCGGGGGGAAGGUGGCACUCGGGCCAGGACCGAGCUCCCUCCGGCGGACCCGCCAUGUGAGGAGACUCCCGACGCCCCCUCAGGUUACACCAUACACCAGAAGACAUGGACAGCAGCAGUUUAAUCCAGUUUGACGUUCCGGAGUACAGCAGCACCGUACUGAGCCAAUUGAAUGAGCUCCGCCUGCAGGGAAAGCUUUGUGAUAUCAUUGUGCAUAUUCAGGGUCAGCCGUUUAGAGCUCACAAAGCUGUCCUAGCUGCCAGUUCUCCAUAUUUUCGUGACCAUUCUGCAUUAAGUACCAUGAGCGGCCUCUCAAUAUCAGUUAUUAAAAAUCCCAGUGUCUUUGAACAGUUGCUUUCUUUUUGUUACACUGGAAGGAUGUCUUUGCAACUGAAGGAUGUUGUUAGCUUUCUAACUGCAGCUAGUUUUCUGCAGAUGCAGUGUGUCAUUGAUAAGUGCACACAGAUACUUGAAAGUAUCCAUUCAAAGAUCAGUGUCGGUGAAGUUGACUCUGUCACUGUUGGUGCUGAAGAUGCUCCGGAAAACCACAACGGUGUUAAAGAUGACAGUUAUUUUGCCAAUCCAGUGGAAAUCUCUCCUCCCUAUUGCUCUCAGGUGCGGCAGUCUACUUCAGGCAGUGAUUUAAGAAUGGAAACAACUUCCAACAAAUCUUUCCGUAACCGUCUACAAGAAGAAGGGCACUCAGACCGUGGUAGUAGUGGGAGCAUUUCAGAAUAUGAGAUUCAGAUUGAAGGUGAUAAUGACCAAGGGGACUUGGUAGUCAGAGAGAGCCAGGCUGCUGAGGUGAAAGUUAAAAUGGAAAAAUCUGACCGGCCAAGUUGCUCAGAUAGCUCUUCUCUUGGUGAUGAUGGAUACCACACUGAAAUGGUGGACGGCGAGCAAGUAGUGGCUGUUAACAUUGGCUCCUACAGUUCUGUAUUGCACAAUGCCUACUCUCUAUAUUCCCAUGGCUCAUCCCAAUCUGCUAAUGCACCUGACACCUUUGGAAGCCUAAGAAACUCAAGCUCUUCAAGAUCCAUGCUAGGUUCUCUUAGAGGCCGCGGCCGUCAAAAACGGAUCUCUACUAGCUACUUACAUAGUGAUGUUUCAGCACAAGGAGCUGAUGGAGAAUCUGCAGCGAAUCACCCAGGUUAUGAAAACAGUCCACGGGAAAGGAAUUCAAGAGGUCACUGGUAUGCAUACAGUGAAAGAUUAAUCUGUAUAUACUGUGGGAAGUCUUUCAACCAGAAAGGGAGUCUUGAUAGGCACAUGAGGCUGCACAUGGGAAUAACCCCCUUUGUGUGCAAAUAUUGUGGGAAGAAGUACACGCGCAAGGACCAACUUGAGUACCAUAUCCGUGGCCACACAGAUGACAAACCUUUCCGCUGUGAGGUCUGUGGAAAAUGUUUCCCUUUCCAGGGAACUUUAAACCAGCACCUGCGAAAGAAUCAUCCUGGUGUAGCAGAAGUAAGAAGCAGGGUUGAGUCUCCAGAAAGAACAGAAGCCUAUCAAGAACAGAGAGAUGAUGAUGCUUCAGCCUCUGAAACGCUGGAUUAUAGCAUGGAUAUACAGACAUCUGAUUAAAAUUUACUGCGUCCCUCAGUGCAACUCAAACAAAGCACAUUGAUCAACGCAUUUCCUUCUCGUUUCUUUGAUAAGUUUUGUAACAGGUAUAACAGCAUUGUCGUUUUCCUGAUUUUGCAAGUCUUCUGGUCCCUGUUCCUGGACAGAAGGUUACUGACUUUUUUCUUUUUCUUUUUCUUUUUUUUGGAAGGAAGUAGGGUUAGCUUUACUCCUAAAAAUGUUUAUAAAGAGCAUAAUAUUUUGCAAACAAUACAUGAAGAAGGAGGGAGGCUGGGGCUUCAACAGUGAAAGAUAAUAAAAACAAGCAGAUACGGCCGAAUAGUAUAGCCUCUCCUUUUGUGCUUUGUGCAGCCUAAUCCUAUGUAGAUAUACUUGGAUGCAAGCCCUACUGAAUUCAAUAGGACUUGCUUCCAGUAGUGUGCUAGGAUGGCAGCCUUAACAAACAUGUUAUGUAGGAGCAUAAGGUAUACCUCCCAGGGUCCCAUCUAUGUGUCAUACUAAGUUGUGGGUUUGGGUGGGUGUUUAUUUGUUGUUGUUUGAAUAACUAUUUUGAUAGCUUUGAAUUUUAUAUAAUAUAUAUUAUUAUAUAUAAACAUAUAUACGAUGUUCACUUUUUCUCUUUUGGUUGGGGUGAAUGUAGAAGUAUCUUAAACGGAAAGGAAAAAAACCUCUCUAUAAAAGGCUUUCAACUUUUAAUCUUCUCUUUAGGGUUUUUUCCUGCUUUUUCAUGAAGCUUUGCUCCCCCCCCCCCCCAUGUUCAUAUAUUGUGUCCAAAAGUGAGCAAUGCUUUGAAAUAACUUUGCUCAAUAAGCAUGCAUAAACCAAAUGCCAUAAUUGUAUUAACUUUACAAUGGGGAUUGUUUGGGUUUUUUGUCUAGAAUAUAAACUAGACAACCUGUGGUGCUGCCCCUUUUUUAUAUAGAAAUGUGUUGUUAUACUAGCCAACCCAAAAGUAGCAUUGUGGUUUUAAAUGUUUUUACUAUCCUCAGAAUCUACCUUCAUUUCGUACUGUAGAAAGCAUACCAGGUAAAUCAGUCUUACUUUAAUCACUCUGAUUAUAUAGUUGGUUUAAAGAAGGCUAAGCAGGAUGUUGCAGUCAUUUCUGCAAUAUUUCUGUACAGUGUUCUAGUGAAUCACUUCCACAGAGCUGUUUUCAGGUGCGCCAUAACUUCCGAUUUACCAUUUUCAAGUGAAAUUAAAGCACUUGUAUUUUUACUUUUUGUAACAAUGCCAUGCGGGAUUUAUGAGCAAUAUAUCUUAUUGUAUUAGAGAAGUUCUUUUGGCUUCUCCAUAAUUUCAACAGCUGCUCAGUAUUUUAUUUUUCAUAAAGAGCCAAUGACAAACACAUUUACACAUCCUUUUAGAAAUUAUUAUUUUUUCUCCUUCAGACGUUUGGUAUCUUUCUAAAGUGGUGCUAACUUUUUUCUAUUACAUCCAUAAUAGAUAUAAAAAAAUGUGAAACCUUACUAUAGUGGAAUCACAGAUUUUUCCAGUUAUUUAUCUGCCUGAAAACACCUCACAAAAGUGUGGGCUGGCAAAUAAUUGCUGUAUGAAAACUCUUAUCAAGUAAAUAGAAUACAGAUGUUUGUGAAUAAUAUUUUUAGUACGUAUAUACUUGGAUAUAUUUAUGCUUGGCAGAAUGAGAAACUUCUUGGUAGAUAUAUUCAUCAGGAUAGAAAGCUGUUAGUGACAGAAGCUGCAUGACAAGAGAGACCCCUCCCCGCCGCCCUCCACCUACCUGUCUCCUCUCCUGGUUCUGCUUCAGUUUCUGCCUUAUAUUCCCUAAGCUAGUGCUGCUGUAGCUUUAAGGUUUCCUGGCAGAGCAGUACAGAGGCAUUAAAAUUAUGCUGGAACAAGCCUGGGCAGUGAGACACAGUGAGAUGCUUACUUGGCCGGUAGCCAUCAAAAAGGAUCCUUCUGCAGGUACUGUAUAUGGAAUUAUUGGAACCCGUUUUCUCUUUAUUAGAGUUUUAAAUCUUCACCCACUUUUAGGAGCAUUCUGUUCCCUCUUAAAACAAAUUGGAUGUUUGCUUCUUUCCCCACUGAGUGAAAUAGGGAGUGCUGCACAAAAAUUUGUUGACACCUCUCCCAGAUAGGAUAUUCAGAAUGUGUGGAUUUCUUGCUGCCUUCAAGAUUUUGUGUGUUUGUAAUUUAAUGUGUUGACUUUUGAAUCUGAGCCUCUGUUCUUAAUUCUUGUAUGAUUCCCUAAAUUUCUCACAACUGUGAAUUUUAAUCAUAUAAAAGUGUAUGGGUUUUCUUAAUAGGAAGUCAUAAUCCUUCAAAAUUCUCAUUCUUCAGGAGCUACUUCUAUUUUUCACUUAUAUUCUAUGAUUUAAAACACUGAGAAAAUAGUUGUGGUUAUACUAUGGGUGGCUGAUAGAUACAGUGUUUGGAGCUUUUGAAGAUCUGUACAAAGUGCUCCAUAAAAAGUACUUUAGCUGGAGAGCAAGUGAUUUAUACAAUUUGUAACCAGCACCCCAUAUCAGCUUUCAUUUUCCAAAUCACUUAAGAAAAAUGAAGCUUGGAUGCUUGCAGUGGUUUUGAGGGCUUACAGCUUUGUUUGAGAUUUUAAAAGAAUAGACUUCUGCAGUAUUUUUAGAAUGGACUUUUCUUUACUGUUUAUCAAAGCCAGUAAUAAGGAUUAAUGUUAACAGUAAAUCAGGUUUGUUCUUUAGACGCAGUUUUAGUUAGACAAAAUGAUCAUUCUUUUCCUACUAUAGCUGCCUAAGAGAUUCUUUCCCAGGGAAAUACUAACUUCCCUCCUUUUCCCUUUCUACUAUUAGUAUAAACAAGGGCUGGAGCCCCAGAAAAGCCAAUUUCAGUGCACAUUCCAUAUGUGCACACAGGCCUUUCCUGCUUUCUGACUUCCUACUACAGCCCCACCCCCAUCCACUUCUGAGGAUCAGGAGGCUAGAGCGGUGUAAAAUGAAAUGGGAGGGAUGCAGCUGGGCAGGUAGAAUGGAAUUGGUGACAGACCCAUCCCAAGCAUGCAGAGAAAUGCUUUUCACAGGCCUCUGGAUUUCCAGCCUGCUUCAGGGAGGGUACAUGUCUGUUCAUUCAUUCUUAUAACACAUUAAGAUACAAAUCAAUUUUAUUCUACCUUUUGAUAUGCUUGCAUUUGAGGCCAUCAAACAAAAGUCUGGACAUGCAGAGUUAAAAAUGUAACACUUUACAGUGAACCUGUGCUGUGGUGCCUUUUAAGCCACUUGGGUUUACGCCAUAGUAGUAUUAGUCAAGGAAAGAGGGGAAAGGCAGUUAACUUUGUAUUUCCCUGACUUUUGUCUCUGUGUCAAUCUUAAAAGUUGUUUUAAAUAUAGUUUUUGAAUCUGUAAACAUGGUUGAACUGGUUUGAGUUUACCAAAGAGUGACUUAACAUAAUUUUGGAUAUUUUUGAUUGUACAGCUUUCAGGUUCAAAUGUUGUGGUGGAACUGUUAAAAGCCUAGGAGUUAUCAAUCUCCUGACUUUUGAGAGAUUUUUGAGUUCCAUAUACUCAUUCAUGUUGAUGGCCAAAUUCACAUAAUGCUAAAUCAUGGUUUAGUGCUGUGCGCAUGAGCCGCAGCAAGUCCAAACAAAGCCUUGGGCACCUAUACUUCUCCCUCUGAUUUCCAUGCAGCUGAAAAGACUUAUGCAGCAUUUAGCUUCACUUUCACAGAAUCACUGGUGGUGAUUUAAAAUAAGCUCUGGUCAGUUUCUAAAGAAGGCAACUUCAAACCAUAGAAAGUAGGGACUGCACUGCCCAUUUUGCACAAAGCUCUAAGCCACUGUUCAGUGUAGCAUAGGAACAAGGCCGGUAUGUUUUUCCUCUUUCUGCUGCCUAUUGGGGUUCAAAAUUAUCAAGCCAUAAUAUAGUACUGUAAAGAUCAAGAGCUUCACUGGACAUGUAGGCAGCUCUAGAGAUCUAAUCUGGAGUAGUUAACUUGCGUAUCUUCCAUUUGUUUCCCUGAAUUUGAAAUGUGCCUAAAGGCCAGUUCACAGAAGACACAAGCCACCUUGAACACCCAUUUGGUGAAAAGGUGGGAUAUAAAUCUAGCACACAAAUACAGUGGUACCUCGGGUUAAGAACUUAAUUCAUUCCGGAGGUCCGUUCUGAACCUGAAACUGUUCUUAACCUGACGCACCACUUUAGCUAAUGGGGCCUUCUGCUGCCACCGCGCCGCCGGCGCACAAUUUCUGUUCUCAUCCUGAAGCAAAGUUCCUAACCCGAGGUACUAUUUCUGGGUUAGCAGAGUCUGUAACCUGAACCGUCUGUAACCCGAGGUACCACUGUAAAUGGUGUUCUCAUACACUCUGUAGGUGCAUUUGUGUAAACAAUGCAAUAUUCAUACAAGGCAAUUAUAGGAGGUGCAGAACUGCAGACAUGUGCAGUUUUCUAUUUUAGUGGUAGUCCCAUGUCCCAUUUUCACCCCACCCCACAUGCAGCAUCUAUCCUAAGUUGAUGCAUCAUCACAUUAUGCAUUCCCCUCCACAUCAUCAAUGGGUGAAGAUACAGCACAACAUUACACACUGUGUGUACACAUUUCUGAAGGAAUUUGACAUAGGAAUACUGUUUUAGCAUUCUACCCACACUCAGCAGUACCUCCGGAGAUUGUAGCAGCUGGCAAAAUGCUGUUUGAUUGGAGGAGCUGCUGGCUUCCUGUAGCCUCCCAGUUCCCUGUCUCAGUUGUCUACAUUAAUGCACCGUGUCUGUAAAAUGGCUGGGGAUUGCCUGUGUGUAGGGCAGAAAGUUUUGUGUUGAAGCAGCUUUUGUCUUCCUUGGAUUUUGCCCUAGAUGUGCUGCAACACACAAGAGACUAGCAGACAAAGCUUCAAGUCAGGCAGCAGCAUCUAAAUCGUGCCUUGUCACAUUAUGGUUCCAUGGUAAUGGGGUGCCAUCUUUUUAUCCUUUGAAAUUCAUAUCUUAUGUCCACCAGGAUGAAAAGCAUGCAGUGAAUUAUUUUAGGUGAAUUCUGAAAAUACUGUGCAGUACUGAUUGCUGUACAGUUUUGAUUAGUGUGCAACUGUUAGUGUAUUUCAUUUAAAAUGAACACAAAAGCCAAGAAAACCAGUAAGAUUAAAUAUUGGGUUGAAAAUAUGUGAAAUCAUGCAGGCUGGUUCAUAAUUGAGUCUCUCAAACUACCUUUUUAGCUACAUAGACAAUGUGAAGAAGAAUAAAAACAGUGACAGUGUCAUUUUUUUCUCCUCUAGAUGUUUUAACCUAUUUACAAACUGUGAAAAACAAAAAUAAAUUUUAUACUUUUUGCUAA